AUGAGCGGAAGCAAUCUCCCAGCCCCUGAUGAGAAGCGGGUCUCUACCGAGGAGAACAGCGUGGUAAAAUGGUUAAACAACGUCGUCGAGCCCUUUGAGCAAGUGGAUGAGGAGGCACCACCGAUCCCCACGCGAAACCCUCUGCGUCUAUUAAUCAGAAGAGAGCCCACGUAUGAUGAGUUGGAGGUUUCGCCAGGGUCAGACGGAAUGGAUACAGAGGCAAAGUUAUGGCACAAGCACGAUUCAGACCCAGAGCCUGAAAAGAAGCAGGACGACAAAAAUCCCCGAGUCGAGGUCGCGGACCAGAGAAGGAAAAUAUAA